AUGAGCACUGGAAACAAACCACCCGCCAGUUUAGGCGCAGCACCCUACAGAUUCACUCUCAAGGACCUCGACGAAUCUAUGUGGUCGGAACACCCUCUUGGCAGAACGGCUUUUGGAAUGAAGGUAUCAGGCUUCCACCGUUGGGGCUUUGUUAUCUACCGGACAACAUACAACGACGAUGCGAUGUGGGAGCGCUACCUCCAGGUUCUUAAGCUCUCUGCACAAGACUGUCUUGUGUCUCUAGGAGGCGACGUACUUCUUGAACAGUAUAUGGACUGUACGAGACCCUUCGAGCCUGUUCCUAGUACAUUCUAA